CAUAGCGUCUACGCUGAAACACGUCAACAAGAGUUUUAACGGAGUAUUUGUUUUAUUUUAAAGUUAAUUAAACGCACACAACUUUGACUUGAAAUUAAAAGGAUUUACAACUUGGCAGCGUUUUAAGGUCGUUAGGAUAGAUAACACAAUUUUGGUUAAAUAGUAUAUCAAUUGUUACGAAAAUCAAUAGCUAUUGUAUUAACAGUUGAACAGAUUGAAUGAACUUUAUACAAUUAAUUACAAUUUAAUAUAAACGAGUAACCGUUAAGCAGUUAAAUAGCCUGCUUAAAUACUUGUAACCAUUAAUGUAAUAUUAUACGGUUCAUAGUGAUAUUAAUCGUUUAGAAUCAUUUUAAGAUCUAUAAAAAGAUACAAAUACAAAUACGGACAAUUGCUUAAGCGAAAUUCUGCUAAAGGAUAUUUAUUUUCCAAAAUAAAAAUGACUGAGUUUGCUGGGGGAUUUGUGAAAACCAUACGAAUGCAACGGAAUUACGAUGACCAGGAGAUCAUUAAAAUGUCAAAAUCAAGCACUCCAAAGGUGCCUGAAAGGCCGAUGUCUCACACAAUACUGCCAGUUUCACCACCGCCUAUUGCGAGACGUUUGGUGAAAACUGCGUUACACCAAGCGGUACUUGAUGGCCGCGUGCACCAAGUUCGUCUGCUUGUGGAGAAGCAUGGCGUAGGUGUUGACGUCAAAGAUGUGUACGGACGCACACCCCUUAUGUUAACGUCAAUGGUUGACGAGGAAGCGGGAGCAAGAAUGGCGAAGAUUCUUGUUUCUGCCGGUUCGGACAUGAGUCUGAGAGACAACAUGGGACGAACAGCUCUAAGCUUGGUCUGUUUAAAUGGUAGAGAGAAAAUCGUCGAAGAAAUAUUGAGAAAAGAUAUUUUGAACAUAAAUGAACCCGACAAUGAUGGAAAUACACCUUUGCACCACGCAGCGACGAGCGGAAACCCAAAAAUUGUUAAAUAUCUCGCAGAACUUUUUGUAAAAUUUGGAUUAGACAUUGACACUCGUAACAAACUUGGCUAUACUGCAUUACUGCUAGCGUGUAGAAAUGGGCAUUUCGUUUCGGCUCAUUAUUUGUUGUCUGAAGGACAAGCUUCACCUGCUUUGAGGGACGGUGAAACAUAUUUGAACGCGACUGAAUGGACUCAAAAGAGCGCAAGACAUGCUGCUCUUCCAGCGAGGAGGCUGGCAUCGCCACCUAGUGCACCUGCAUUUUCAAGGGAGUCGACGAUGUACCAAAAGCCUAUCACUCAUGCAUGUAAACAUACAAGAGCACAAGCAAUGUUGCCGCAGUGGACUAGAAGUAGUGACGAUAUCGAAUUAUCACGUAACGAGACGUUUUUCAAUGGUAAAGAUGCCAGACAACUAGUGCUAAAUGAAAUCAGCUUCGCAGAAACGCACGGAUGGUCCGUUAAAAAGAACAAACCAAAUAAAAUUGUUCAUCCACCAACGGCCAAACUGAUGGCAUUGUCAAGAAGACGCACAAAGUCUGCUGUCCCACCAGAUAUGACUACGAUUUUCCGCAUGUACUCUGACCAAUAUCAGCCAGAUUGGAGGAAGGAAAGGACCACGAUAACGUUACAUGCGUCGCAAGACAAAGCUAUACCUUCUAUUAUAAGAACCGCGAAUUAUACCCCACAGCGAUCUGUUGAAGUAUCGAGCUAAGUCAUGAGGGUGUGAAGUGGUUAAGAUUUUAUACAGUUUCUGUGUUUCAAUAGAGUUAAGAAAUAUUUUUUUCACUCUUUGGAACGAGCAAUACAGCCCGAAGCACGAAGAUCCUUGCAUUUUCUUUUUUCGGGAAAAUGUGCAGAGGAGCAAUUUCAUUUUUGCGAGGAGAUAAUGCGGAGAUACGUUUUGUACUUAACACAGAUACUAAAAUUAAUGAUUUGAAAGAAUACUGCUCGUGCUUACCGUAAAUGGUUAUCAUUUCCAAGGGUGUUUGUUAUGGUAAUAACAAGUAAAAACAAUGGUUUAUUUUUAUGACAAGUUUCAGUCAAGAAUUUGAUACAAUGGGAUAAUCAUUUUCUAUCGUGUAUGUAAAGAUAUGAAUCAAAAAUGGUGUAUUUGUGGCCAUAA